UAACCAACCAGACCGAGUUUUUUACUGUCUCUAUUCAGUACAAAAAUCAAUAAAUUAAAGGAAAAAAAAAAGAGGAAGGUGGAGGGAGGGGGCACCAUGGUCAUUUCAGGACACACAAUGAGACGGGAGGGUACACAGACCCUGCACCAUCCUCCUCCUGUGCGUGAUUUUUAAGUGGGUGUGCGCGGGAUCGAUUGUCAGUACAAAAGACAGCAUGUAUGUGAGAGAGAGAGAGAGAGAGAGAGAGAGAGAGAAAGAAAGAAAGAGGUCACGGGUUUGUCUUGAAAGGCCCUUAUUUCACAGUCCUAGACAGACAGACACAUAUUCUCUCUCACUACAUAACCGAGGAGGGAAACAAAAUUUUAAUAUUAUCAUAUAUCAUAUCAUAUCCCCAUUUUAUUUCAUUAAAAAAACAAAAACAAAAACAGAAACAAAAACAAAAAAGCAAAUAAACACAACACACUACUAGCUACUACUAGUACACCACAAACCACCCCUUUUUCUCCAACAUUUUUAUCCCCCAACUUUCUCACACAAACAUUCAUUCAUUCUCUCUCUCUCUCUCUCUCACUCUCUUUCUCUCACAAGAAGCUCCAUUUCUUCUUCUGAGCUCAGAUCUCUUUCUCUUGUCAAAUCAAUGGCUCUGAUGAUGGACAAUUGUGAGGGCAUAUUGCUCUCCCUCGACUCGCACAAGUCGGUGCCGGCUCCCUUCCUGACCAAAACGUACCAGCUCGUGGAUGAUCCGGCCACCGACCACAUCGUCUCGUGGGGCGAAGACGACGCCACCUUCGUCGUUUGGCGCCCUCCCGAGUUCGCCCGCGACCUCCUCCCCAACUACUUCAAGCACAACAACUUCUCCAGCUUCGUCCGCCAGCUCAACACCUACGGUUUUAGGAAGAUUGUACCGGACAGAUGGGAGUUUGCCAAUGAGUUCUUCAAGAAAGGAGAGAAGCAUUUGCUCUGUGAGAUCCAUAGAAGAAAGACAGCUCAGCCUCAUCAGGUGGGUUUCAGCCACCACCACCACCACCACCACAACUCGCAUUCGCCACUCGGCAUCAACGGCCACCAUCAUCCGAGCUUCUUCCCCUUCCCUAGUCGUGGCAGCAUCUCCCCCUCCGACUCGGACGAGCCGCCCAACUGGUGUGACUCGGACUCACCACCUCUCCCAUCACCAACCGGAGGUAUUAACAAUCACAACAACAACAAUAAUAAUUUUAUGAGUAUUAAUAAUGCGUCGGUGACGGGCUUGGCGGAGGACAAUGAGAGGCUGCGGCGGAGCAACUCCAUGCUGAUGUCAGAGCUAGCCCACAUGAGAAAACUCUACAACGACAUCAUCUACUUUGUUCAGAAUCAUGUCAAGCCUGUGGCUCCAAGCAAUUCCUACCCUUCUUCUUUGCUUCUCUGUAACCCUCCUCCGAAUUCCAUGGCUCCUGCUGCUACUGCUACUAAGCCUAGUAAUAAUUUCAACCAGCUUCUUGGGUACUAUCCAGCUCCUGCUACAAAUGCUAAGCAAACCCCUCACAUGUCUACGACGACCCACCAUCAUGUUAUGAACUCUUCCAGCCCGAGCAACACCACGUCCAAGAGCAGCUCAGUGACGAUUCUGGAAGACCAGCAACAACCCAGUAGCAAUGGGUGCAAAAAUACCAAGCUGUUUGGGGUGCCGCUGCUUCACUCGAAGAAGCGGUUGCACCCGGAGGAGUAUGGCUCGAACCAUGGGACCAGCAUGAUGGAGGCCAGCAAGGCUCGUCUGAUUUUGGAAAAAGAUGACUUAGGUCUCCAUCUCAUGCCUCCCUCCGCAUGUUAGCUGAGCUACUUAUUAUUAGUUUGCUUUCCUCCUCACUCAUCAAAUCCCACAUUCAAAACUUUGAAAGGUUAUAUCUUUUUGAUAUUUUACAUUUUUUUUUCCUUCUUCUAGUUUUUCUUGGUUGAUUGUAUUUUGGGUCUGAUGAGAUGGAGUCAGAUGAUCGAUAUUGUUGAUGAUCAAAAGUAUUAUGUGUGUGCGUGCGGUGGGGUGUUUGUGAUCGACGGCUACUACUACUCUGAUCUGUAUAUAUAACUUUAGUGAAGAUGUUAAAUUUGAAGUUGAAGUUCAAAAUGGCCAUGUUUUUGUUUUAGCUGAUCUAUUGAUAUUCAGUGGUGCAAUUUA